AUGCCAUCACAUGACUCUUCCCCUCUGUCUCCUCACAGGGAGAAGAUGAUCUGCAGGAUGCUGCUGCUCCUCAGCCUGACCUGCUGUGUCUAUGGGAUGUCUGAGCCUCUGAAGUUUCAGGCAGAGGAGGACAAUAACGUGACGGUGGAAUGGAGCUUCUCGUCCAAAGCCAACAUUUCCAUCUCCUCACUGAAGUUGCACUGCUUGACAGUGUUAGGACUGAAGGUUUUCUAUCACAUGGACCACCAUGUGUAUGAGUCUCAGAACCAGCAGUUUGCAGGCCGGGUGCAGUGUGACAGAGAGGCUCUGAGGACAGGAAGUGUCCGGCUGCACCUGUCCAGAGUCAGGGCGGAUGACUCGGGUCAGUACCUCUGCAGGAUGGCCACCGGAUCCGGCAGGAAGGUCAAACAGUUCUCACUCAACAUCACUGCAGCUGUUGAUGAGCCCACAACUGUGACACCAACAGCGAUGAUACCAGCAGCAGCAGCGAGCCGCAGGAGAAGCUGCUUCUACGUUGUUCUGGGACUGACAGCAGCCUCAGCAGUAGCUGUACUGGCCUACUGCCGCUGCACUUCAUCAUACACUGCACUCCACACUCAGAAGAAGGAGAGCCCGCACGAGGUGUGAGGAGUCUUCAGUUGGAGAACGCUGCCGGGCUGUAACGUUCUCUACAC